AUGACUAAUGGUUCUAAUAAUGAUAUUAGCAUCUACAAUAACAAUAAUAUCACUUACGAGAGCGGACGAGCCGGAGGCGGCGGCGGCGAGGGCGGCAUGAGCGACUCCACCUCGGGGUCGCAAGACGCCGCAAGCGACGCCAAGAAGAAGCACCGCCGCAACCGCACCACAUUCACCACGUACCAGCUGCACGAACUCGAGCGCGCCUUCGAGAAGAGCCACUACCCCGACGUGUACUCCAGGGAGGAGCUCGCCCUCAAGGUCAAUCUCCCGGAGGUCAGAGUGCAGGUGUGGUUCCAGAACCGGCGGGCCAAGUGGCGCCGCCAGGAGAAGAUGGAGCAGGCCCAGCUGCGCCUUCACGAGCAGUCCCUGGGCCUGCUACACCGGCCCGCCGGCCCCCCCGGCCCCCUCGACCACUUCUUCCCUCCGCUCCUCCCGGGCCUGCCGGGCCUGCAGGGCACCAUGCCCUCCAUCCACGGGGCCCUGCCCAACAUGGGCAGCACUGUGCCCCCGCUGCCCGGGUUUCUCGGCCACCCGCACGCCACGUACCCGUCCUACCUCACCCCGCCCACCUCCUCGUCCAUGGCCGUGGCGCCCCCGCCAGCGCCCUCCAUCCCCGUCUCCACCUCCGCAGCCUUCACCACGCCUCCCCUGCCCAUGUCGCCGCCCUUACCCACGCCCCUGCAGGAGCGCUCCUCCCCUCCCCUCGCGGGGCCCGAGGAUGACCUUAGGUCCUCCUCCAUCGUGGCCCUCAGACUACGCGCCAAGGAGCACCUCGAGAGCCUCGUCAAGACCUCGACACUCGUCUGA